GUUCUCCCUCCCACCCCGCGCGCGCACACACCCCCCCUUUUUUCCUGUGAGCCUGGGGAACUUGCAGCUCAAAGCCAGCCACCCCCACGGCAACAUGUACCCCAGCAACAGGAAGAAAAAGGUGUGGAAAGAGGAGAAAGAACGUUUACUGAAGAUGACCUUGGAAGAGAGACGCAAAGAAUACGUGAGGGAUUAUGUUCCUUUGAAAGACAUUCCAUCAUGGAAGGAAGAAAUGAAGAGCAAAAGCCAGAAUGACGAUGAAAGUGCUCAGGAAGUUUCACAAGUGAAGAAAAGUUUGAGUGAAAAAGUUUCACUCUAUAGAGGUGACAUCACACUGCUUGAGAUUGAUGCCAUUGUCAAUGCAGCAAAUGCCAGCCUUCUUGGAGGAGGAGGGGUGGAUGGCUGUAUUCAUAGAGCAGCUGGUCCCUGUCUGGUUGCUGAAUGCCGUAAUCUGAGUGGCUGUGAGACUGGUCAAGCUAAGAUCACGUGUGGGUAUGACCUGCCAGCAAAAUAUGUCAUCCACACUGUGGGACCCAUAGCCAGGGGUCACAUCAAUGAUUCCCAUAAAGAAGACCUUGCAAAUUGCUAUAAAUCUUCUCUGAAGUUGGCAAAAGAGAAUAACAUCAGGUCAAUCGCAUUUCCGUGUAUUUCCACAGGAAUUUAUGGAUUUCCAAAUGAGCCAGCUGCAAUCAUUGCCCUAACCACCAUCAAGGAAUGGCUGAACAGAAAUCAUCAUGAGAUGGACCGGAUCAUUUGUGUCUUCUUGGAAGUUGACUUCAAAAUGUUCAAGAAGAAAAUGAGUGAAUAUUUCCCUAUAGAGGGAUUAGAAGCAAAGGGCCUCUCUCCUCCUCCCAAGAAGAGCAAAGCAAAGAAGUCAGAAAGUGUGAAAGAGUCUAAUGAGGAUGAGGCACAGCCUGCCACCGCACCCAGCCCUUCAUCAGAAGAAGCUGUUGAAGCCAACAAGGAUAAAGAUUCUACCACAGAUGCCAGUGUUAUACAAGAGGAUGACAUCGCCCAGGGCUCAGUGCGUGAACAAGAUCCUGCUGAAGGACCUGAUGAUGACUCAAUGAAGAAUGAAAUGAAAAUGGAGAUCGAAUCCCAGAGCUCAUACAUGGAAACAGAAGAACCUUUCUCAAACCAGGAAGGUGCCCCAAUUGUUCCGAAACCUGAAGUUACUACAGCCGCUGAUGACAAAGGAGAAAAAGAAAAUGAAAAAGAAGGAACAGUGGGAGAAGGGAAGUCAUCUGCAGAGCAAGAGGGUGCUGGAGAUGCCUGCCCUGUGGAAAAUGCUGCAUAUGCCGACGUUGAAAUGAGUAGUCAGGAUGAAAGUGACCCAACAGAGAGUCAACAAGAUGAUGAUCUCUAAUAGAUGAACAAGAUGAGGCAAAAGAAUGAAAUGACAUGGUGGCCCUUGGCAAUGUAUGGCAUCUGAUGGCAUCGGUGAAGUGGAGGCU